UAUGCACAACUACGGAGAUCAAGAUACGAAGAGGAUUUUUGUGAAGUAGAGCGAAUAGGCAAGGGAGGAUAUGGUUCAGUGUACAAGGUCCAGAAUCGUUUAGAUGGACUCUACUAUGCUCUAAAGAAGAUUCCCUUUAGAGGAACUUCUCAUACCUUUCUAGAGAAGGUGCUACGCGAGGUUAAAACCCUUGCCUUCCUCAAGCAUGUAAAUAUUGUACGAUAUCAUUCAGCGUGGAUCGAGACCGAAGACUAUCCCAUAAACUUGUCCAGUUCAAGGGCUGAGUUCUCCUCAAUCGUCAACAACAACAACAACAACAACAACAACAACAACAACAACAACAACAACAACAUCAUCACCAUCAAUAAUAAUAAUAAUAAUAACAAUAUAUUGGACUUGGUCGAUGGGAAUUGGGGAACUUCAGAGUCAUUAGAGAUCGUAAUGCCCAAGUCUUGUGCCAACUACGCACACUUUUCCCUUGAAGAUGAGGAGGACUUUGAUAGCAGUCUGAAUAGACUUCAAUUCCCACCAGAGAUGGAAGAUAUGCAGCAAUUUCAAAAGAGCAUCAGGCCUGAGAGGAUCAUCCACCAAGACUCUGAUGAAGACUCUGACAGCUCAACUGGAACUGGACUAUUCCGAGCACCCAAGAAGCACAAUACUAGUUUCAGUAGGGACAAUGAAGACUCUGCCGAGAGAUCUGCAAGUUACACACCAAACUAUGACGACUCUGACUGCUACCUCUAUCAACAACAACAACAAGGAAAUCCUCUAUCAAUCCCAAGAUCAUCAACUCCUCCAAUUUCAAUGGCACAGAGCAGCAUCAACAACAACAAACAACAUUCACCACCAAAGUCACACUCAACUCUAUCCACACUGUUCAUAGUGAUGCAGCUGUACAGUCAAACUCUGUCCAAAUGGCUGGAUAGUCGUCAAGAUAUCAAUCCAAUCGACUCACUCCUCAUUUUUAAGCAGAUUUGCAUGGGCCUUCGAUAUAUACAUUCGAAAGGCAUCAUUCAUCGCGAUCUGAAGCCUGGAAACAUCUUCAUUGAUCGCACCCAAAUGGGCAGUGCAGACGAUGAAAACACUGGGGAGUAUCUAGUCUCCCUUGGUGACUAUGGUCUUGCCACACACCAGAACCCUUCAUUUUCCUCUCCUACUCCAUCACCUACUUCAUCCUCUACCCCUUCACUACUACCUAUCAACAAUAUGUCCUUCUCCUACGCACCACCACCACCACUGGAUUCUCACUUCCAAUGCCGCCAAACCGAUCUCUUGACAGACAGCCAAUACAUCCUAUCAACCUCAACCCCAGCCCCUUCAAUCGGUCCGAAGUCCAACAUCCUUAACAGAAGUUCUUCUGAGCAUUUUAAGCAUACCAAUGCCGUUGGAACUCUCACAUACAGCAGUCCUGAGCAAAAGAAAGGUCUCUAUAACGAAAAGACAGACAUCUACAGCCUGGGUAUUAUACUUUUCGAACUCUACUCCACCUUCUCAACAAAGAUGGAAAAGGCUCGUGUUUUGGCUGAACUGCGCAAUGGUGUACUGCCAAAGUCAUUCUUGGAGACCUAUCCAGUGGUUUGCAAACUUGUACAAUCAAUGACCACCGUGAACCCAGAUGAUAGACCUUCAGCAGCUGAUAUUCUAAAAAGUGAGCUGUUCGGUCAGGUGCUCUCAGUGUCCGAGAUGGAGAUAUUGAUCAAACAACAACAAUGUAUUAUUGAGAAGCUCAGGCAAGAGAUCGAUCAACUUAAUAAU